AUGGCGAAACUCGAACCCUAUAGUGGAGAUUACUAUCUCUGGAACUACAUUCCGUCUAUGACUGCAGCUGUCAUCUUUAUAAUUCUCUUCAUCAUAACAACCGCUUUACAUACCUGGCGUAUGUUUAAGACUAAGUCCUGGUUCUGCACAGCAUUUUGCGUCGGAGGCCUCUUCGAAUUCAUCGGUUACAUCGGUCGAGUAAUGGCCGUCAACAGUACCGGCACUCUCAUGCCAUAUAUCAUCCAAAGUUUCUUCACUCUCGUUGCUCCAGCCUUCUUGGCCGCAUCGAUCUACAUGACACUCGGUCGAAUUAUGCGAUAUGUCCACGGAGAACAUCAUUCCCUCAUUCGGAGCAAUUGGCUUACGAAAAUUUUCGUCAUCGCAGAUGUCUUGUCAUUCUUCGUGCAAGGAGGAUCCUCCGGGUUGAUGUUCAAUACCAGCACUGCCAGUAUUGGUGAAAAGGUCGUGUUGGUCGGUUUGUUCAUCCAGAUCAUAGCUUUCGCCUUUUUCUUGUUUACUGCUCUUAUAUUCGAACGCCGAAUGAGAAGAGAGCCCACAACGGAAUCUUUCGUUGUUGAAGCAAAUUGGAUUCAUCACUUGCAUUGUCUUUACGUCAUUAGUGCUCUCAUUCUCGUUCGAUCAGUCUUCAGAGUUAUCGAGUAUGCGGCGGGCCAGAAGGGAUAUCCUCUAAUGCAUGAAUGGACUUUGUACACAUUCGAUACAGUACCAAUGUGGAUUGUCACUGUUAUCUUUUUUAUCUGGUAUCCGUUUCAAUUUAAGGUACAGGCAGGAACUAGAACAUCUCCAAGAGAGGCGGGAGUAGAGGCGCAAAAUGUUCAAUUGAUGAAUGGUGCAGAGAAAAAAACGAGGUAG